UGCACUUGUGGACGCGCUCCGAGGGCGACGGCGGCGGCGGCGACGAUGAUCCUGAUCCGACACCUCCGCUGGCGCCUUCGCCCGCUGGCGGCGCUGAGUGGCCCCUCCUUCUCCACCCUCACCGCGUCUGCCUCCGCCGCCGCGGUGGAGACCGAGAGGACCAUCCGAGACGGACCCAGGAACGACUGGAGCAGGGACGAGAUCAAAUCCAUCUACGACUCCCCCAUCCUCGAUCUCCUCUUCCACGGUGCUCAAGUCCAUAGGCAUACCCAUAAGUUUCGGGAAGUGCAGCAAUGCACUCUUCUAUCCAUAAAAACCGGUGGAUGUACUGAAGAUUGUUCGUAUUGUCCCCAGUCAUCAAGGUAUGAUACUGGUUUGAAAGCCCAAAAGCUGAUGAACAAGGAUGCUGUCUUGGAGGCAGCAAAGAAGGCAAAAGAGGCUGGAAGCACACGUUUUUGCAUGGGUGCUGCAUGGAGGGAUACAUUUGGUAGAAAGACCAAUUUUAACCAGAUCCUUGAAUAUGUGAGUGAGAUAAGGGCCAUGGGUAUGGAGGUAUGCUGCACCUUGGGCAUGCUAGAGAAGCAGCAAGCAGAGGAGCUUAAGAAAGCAGGGCUCACAGCCUACAAUCAUAAUCUAGAUACUUCAAGAGAGUACUACCCCAACAUCAUAACCACAAGAUCUUAUGACGAAAGAUUGGCAACACUUCAGCAUGUCCGUGAGGCAGGAAUUAGUGUAUGUUCAGGAGGAAUUAUAGGCCUUGGAGAAGGAGAGGAGGACCGUGUCGGGCUGUUGCAUACCCUGGCAACCCUCCCUAUGCACCCUGAGAGUGUUCCCAUCAACGCUUUGGUUCCCGUUAAGGGUACACCUCUUCAAGAUCAAAAGCCUGUUGAGAUCUGGGAGAUGAUUCGGAUGAUCGCCACGGCUCGCAUUGUGAUGCCAAGGGCAAUGGUGAGGCUAUCCGCCGGAAGGGUUCGGUUCUCGAUGCCCGAGCAAGCACUGUGCUUUUUGGCUGGCGCCAAUUCCAUUUUCACAGGAGAGAAAUUAUUGACAACCCCAAACAACGACUUUGAUGCCGACCAAAUGAUGUUUAAAAUCCUUGGCUUGACUUGCAAAGCCCCAAGCUUUCCUGAAGCAGAAUCCACACUCGGGCCACAGACAUGCGAGGAAGCCAUCUCUAAUGUAGGUUAAAACCACUGCUCUAGUUUCCAUUUACCAGUGACACUGGUGAUGCAAUUUCUAUCACCGAUAAAACCAUCUUGUGGUGCUGUCUUGUCAUUUUUUUUUGGAAAAAAUGAGUUCUGGAAAUAUUUAAUUCCACCAGGGAGAUCUGAAACUUUCUGUUCAUGGACUGGCCAAAUUUAGGUACAUGAGAAUUAGGUUGUCUUGAAAA